UUGAUGAACCACCAGGUGGUGGUGCUGAGACUGAGCCACCAAAGGCCGACCCCAAUAUCUCACUUCCUGUGUCCUUGCCUAGCUAGCAGUCAUCUGUUGUUGUUUAUGCAUUUCUUAAAACCGCACUGCUGGAAAAGAGAGAGAGCGAAAGAGCAGUGACAUCUGUAUCUGGAGAUGUUACCGAACAGCUGUUGCAAUACUGUCCUCAGUCAUUAUAUCUGCACCAUGCAUAAAAUGGAUUUAUAAAGAAAUCAACGCAUACCAAUGUUGCAAGCUAUAACUGCGGUCUAAAAGUGAAGAAAGCCCUUUCACCAAUGUAAUCAAGGUGAUGUUUCCUUAUGCAUCCAUUUUCAGGUGUUUAUACAGAACAUAUUUUGUAUAAAACACUAUCGACUGCUUGGAUAGACACUAAAAACUUCUCAGAACAACCCAGCAACUACCUACAGUAAGUUAUUAUAUGACAACAUGCUAAAAUAAGAGCACUCAGAACACCCACUCAAUUGAUCCUUUACAGUGAGUUUGAUUGACAGGCGAUCUGACAAGUCCUAAAGAUGAAUCUAGCAUUUUUUUUCCAACGAACAAGCCAGACCGGGGAGUUAGAUAAAUGCCGGUGGACUUGAACUUAAAAAACUUUGUUUAAAAGACUUUGUGUCAUACCUGAAAUAACCUGCUCUGACUCCCCUACAACAUAGCAAUACACUAUCAACCAUAUACUAACACUUUAAAAACCUUUCAGAACAACCUAGCAACCCAUCUCUAAGACUACAUAACCCUAACACCCUUGGGUGCAUCAUAAUUGGUGGGUCAUCAGUCAGCAUAAUGAAAUUCAUAUGAUAUUUUAAGGUAUUUGUGUUAGACAUUUAAGGUAUGUCGAACAAAACAGACAAGUCGCUGAAAAUCCUCAAAUCAAGACUUGCAGCAAUUCUCUGUGUGUUGUCUCAUCUGGACUUGUGCUUCUCAAUCCCACCAAUCGUACGAUAUCUAACUGCAGGGAAUCCGAAGUAUAAAACUUCCCCGAGGGGCUGAACUUCUGUCCAGUGCUGUUUGGAUGAGAGUGUGUGAAGGUGCAGUCCAUUCCCAAAUGUGUAAAUGUCUACAACGACACAUCAGGAAACAUGUUUAUCCUUCUUUAUCUGAGCUUUUGGAGUGUGUUGGUGUCACACAGUCAGAGUCUGAGUGAAAGAGCAACAGCUACAACAAUAACAUCACAAGCAUCUGUGACGCUUGGAGACGACAACGGCCAGUGCUCGACCUGUCAGUUUCGACAACAGAGUAAACUUUUGCGCCUGCACUCCAUUAAGUCUCAGAUUUUGAGCAUCCUGCGUCUGGAACAGGCUCCAAACAUCAGCAGAGACACGGUUAAGCUGCUCUUACCUAAAGCACCUCCACUGCAGGAGCUCCUGGACCAAUAUGACCAAAAUGGAGGCAUUAGUGAGGAUGAGGAACAAGGCAGCAGCGAGACCAUCAUAACCAUGGCCACAGAGCCUCAAGCAAUCACCCAAACUGAGGGAAUGCCGAAGUGUUGCAUGUUCUCACUGAGCCCAAAGAUUAUGCCUAACAGCAUCCUCAAGGCCCUGCUCUGGAUCUACCUCCGACCAGCAGAGGAGCCAACCACAGUCUUCAUCCAGCUGUCUCACCUGAAGUCUCUGUCUGAAGGGAACAACCACUCAAGAAUGCGUGCACAAAAAAUUGAUGUGAAUGCCCGGACAAACUCCUGGCAGCACAUCGACAUGAAGCAGCUACUGCAGUUGUGGCUCAAACAGCCUGAGAGUAACUUUGGGAUAGAAAUCAAGGCCUUUGAUGCAAAUGGAAAUGAUCUGGCUGUGACCUCUGCAGAGUCUGGAGAAGAGGGAUUGCAACCCUUCCUGGAGGUUAAAAUUUUGGACACUGGCAAACGGUCCAGACGGGACACCGGCCUCGAUUGCGAUGAGCAUUCCACUGAGUCACGUUGCUGCCGGUAUCCACUCACCGUUGACUUUGAGGAAUUUGGUUGGGACUGGAUAAUUGCCCCCAAGCGCUACAAGGCCAAUUACUGCUCAGGUGAAUGUGUGCAGAAGUACCCCCACAGUCACAUCGUCAACAAGGCCAACCCUCGGGGCAGCGCAGGCCCCUGCUGCACACCCACCAAGAUGUCGCCAAUAAACAUGCUGUAUUUCAAUGACCAUGAGCAGAUAAUCUACGGAAAAAUUCCUUCAAUGGUCGUAGACCUUUGUGGCUGCUCUUGAGCCUGAGAGCUUCUUGAGUUGUUAUGACAGAAAGCCCUAACUGCUCUGGAACAGAGGGAAGUGAAAAUAAACUUUACCUUGUCCCUGACAAAAUAGUUCCUGCUAAAACAACCGACCACACCAGGAUCCCAACAAACCAACUUAUCCAAUUCUUUUAGUUUGUUCUCAUCGACUGUUGCACACAAGGACAAUUGUACCAAGGUGACAAGUGUUUCUUUGUUUAUGAAGGUAUAAGUCUUCCUCUGUGGAUGCAUUUGAGCAUAGAGAUGACCUGAUGGGCUUUACCAGCUUGAUGUCAGAAUGUAAAAAUUGCAAAAAGUACUUUUCAGUUUUAAAUUGAUGUCAAAGGGGGUUGUAUAGUUGAUUAUUUAUAUAAAGUCACUUAUCCACCAGUGACCCAAAAACAGGAACACUGACCCAGAUUCGCACUCAACAUGACGUCCAAAAGAUUUAUUCUGCAGUUGUUUCAUAUGGGUAGUUGACAGAUUGUAGGAAUAGUAAAAACUUUUUUCAUUGCUGUAACUGGUCACAAAUUAAAAUGUAUAAAUAAUCUUUAAAUGCUUUUAGACAUUGCUGGAACAUGUCAACUAAGGGUAUGCAUAAGCAUGCAGCUUAUGUUCUUGUCAAAAAACACUUAAAUUGCCAGUUCACUGGGUAGCCUGCAUAAUGUGAUGACAUGGAGAUUGUUUUUUGUAAGUGUAUAGAUUCUAUGGUUCCAAAUCAUGUUAUAGUUUUGAUCUGUCACUGUAUGAAGUAAAAUGCCUGUUACUGAA